AUGGAUAAGGUCAACACAACCUCAGAAGUUGCAGCUACUUCCGACUUUUUUGAGACGUGGAUCAGCGACGAGGUGCUGUGGGUGAUCACCGUGGUCAACUACGUCAUCCUGUCCGGAACCAUCAGCUUCCUGGGCGUCAUCUUCAACAUCGUCAAUGUCGUCAUCUUCGCCAAGCUCGGCUUCUCCGACACCACCAACAUCUCGUUCCUCAGCCUCAGCCUGGCCGACGGCGGGGUGGUGCUGAUGCUGGUGGGCUACAGCAUCCUCUACAACCCUCUAGUGGUCGAGGCCGUGUCCAUCCUGGAGGUCAUCGAGUCGGUCAGCUACAUCGUGUUUGGCUGGCCGUACGCCUGCUUCAGCAGAGUGGCCGGCUGCAUGACCGCCUUUAUUACCGUGGAGAGGUUUCUCUGCGUCUCGGCUCCGCUUAAGGUCAAGGCCAUCAUCACGCGGUCAAGAACCAUAACCAUGGCGGUCACGUGUUUCUUUGUUUUGUUCGCCAGCAUUAUCCCCGCUUUCAUAUCUUCUAGCCUGGGAAUGAAGUUCGAUCCCAUCUACAACCAGACGCACGUCGGCCUCAUGUUCACCAACAAUGCAGCCUCCCUUCAGGAAAUCUCCUUGACCUUCAACGUUGUUGUCCAGCUCGGCGUCUUCUGCAUCGUCGUCGUCUUCACGGUCGCCCUGAUCCGCUCGUUUGUCAGGAAAACAGAAUGGCGCAGCACCGCAACAAAACAGUCGACCAAGUCCAACGCCAGAGACAAUAAAAUGGUCAAGAUGGUCAUCCUGAUAUCUGUGGUGUUUAUCAUCCUGUCCAUCCCUGGGGUUGUAGCUACGUUCUUGAUGAUGUUCAUCCCAGAGUACAACAUCGCCGGAAGAUACCGCAACAUUUACAUUGCGUCAUUCUCAACGUUUUUCCCCAUCGGCGCAAUCAAUUCAACGGUGAACUUUUUUAUCUUUCUGGACAUGAGUACCAAGUACAGACAGAUGUUUCUGACCAUGUUUAAUUUAAAAAGUUGUAAGCCCAAAGAAAAGAAAAAAGUUCAAAGACAAAUAUACAAAGAUAGCCCUAAAAACUCUAAACAAGAAAAAAUAAAUAAUUUUACCAUCUAA